AUGUCGUCCCCCACCCCUGCCAACACCACCCUUGCCGGCCUCGGAAUAUCCUUUGACUCUAGCUCCGUCACCUCAUCCUUCUCCUCUGGGGAAGAGAGCUUCGACUCGCUCUUCUCCGACGUCCCCCUCACGUCCUCGGGCGAGUCCAACCCCGACUCCGCCGACAGCCCCCCGCGCUCGCCCACCGAGCAGCGCCACCACUGGCACAUCGUAUACGCUUCCGACUCCGACUGGGACGAGUCUGAGCCUGACGCCGGCUUCAACUACUUCGAGCCCUACCUCGGCGUCCCAGAAGUUGCGGAUUUUGCUCCCUGGCCCACCAGCCCCGAAAUGCUCACCCAUGCCGCGGAGGUGAUUGCGGCGCCCGAGGCUGAAACGCCGACGGUCGCGCCCACGCCCAACGACCGCGGGUACGAGACCGACACGGAGAGCACGCGCGCCCUGCAGCGCCGCCGCCGUCGCCGCGAUGCACACAAGCUCGCGCGCCGUCAGCGCGUGCACUACCUCGUCGAGCACGUCGAGCCCAUCAUCGAACAACUACCCUCCCUCGAGGAGUGCGAGCGCCGCAUCGCCGCGAACGCCUCCCCCACCCCUGAAUCGGAGGACUCGGGGUUCGUGAUGGUCGAGCAGGACAUCACGGACUACGACUCCGAGGCGGCCGACCUCGAGGUGGCCGCGUACAGCUCGGACGACUCCGACGUCGACCACUACUUCUACGACGCGGAGGGGAACGUGGACUUGGGCGCGCUUCUCGAGUCCGGCCCCUGCGACGGCCCAGUGCACUAUGCUGUCCAGCAUCUGCAGCCCGUCAUUGAGGACCUCCCGUCCCUCGAGGAGAUCCGCUCGCGCAUGGGCAUCUCAGCCACGGCCUCCACUUCCGGAGAGCCUGACGCUGCCGUCGGCCUCGGCCUCGACAUGCCCGUCACCGACGGAACCACCCGCAUCACCACGCCCGAACACGUCGGGCUCGGGAUCUCGCUCGGCCUCCUCCCCCUCCCCCUCUCUCCCAUCCCAGAACCGCACGACGACGGGUUCGAGACGAUCGACCUGACGGACAACGUGUUUGCGCCCGCUGCACCCGCGCUCCGCCCGCACCUCGCGGACGAGUCGCCGUCGCCGAUCAUGCUCGCGUCGCCCGUGCCCGUCGCUGCGUUCCGGCGGUUCGACGAUGUGCUUGGCUUUGCAGCGGAUGCGGAGCCCGUAUAUGCGGUGCCCCAGCCGUUUGUCUGA